AUGGAGGUCAUAUUAUCUUUUCUUGCUGUAGCUGCGUUGUCCGUGACCUUCGUUGAUGGCGCUGGAUAUCUACAGGUGCGACCUCCCACACUAGGACAGUGUUACUAUGAAGAUAUCAACACAGCCCAUUUUAGCUACAAUAGGACUUUCUGUGAAGGACCAGCUUAUUGGUGUCAAAUUCAUAUAUGUUGGAUUACAUGUGGAUCAAACGAAAGACAAUCGCCAAUCAAUAUCGAUACACGUAAAACACAAUUUAGGAUUUUGCCAAUGCCAAAGUUCUACAAUCUACACAAAAGAGUUCCAGCAACUAUAAGAAACAAUGGUCAUGCACCGGAAUUCAAUGUCGUACCAACACAAAACAACAAGGACAGGAUUAUUUUAUGUAAUGUCCCUGGCAGACCAAAAGAUAAGAAGUAUGUAUUUGCUCAAUUACAUGUCCACUUUGGAAGAGACGUCACACAAGGAUCUGAACAUUGUAUUGACAACAUAUUCAAACCGAUGGAGGUUCACUUGGUAUUUUAUGACCUUGAUUAUGGAAACCUUGGAGACGCUAGAUCUAAAAAAGAUGGACUUGUGGGGUUAAGUGUAAUGGUAGAGGUCGGCGGAAAACCCCAGAAACCCACUGUAUGUAAGAGGACAUUUACAAAAAAGGUGGACUGA